AUGCAAGUGCAGCCCACCAAAUACGUCGGCCUGGUGGCCGACCUGAUGCCAAACAUUAAGCUGAUGCAGGCGAGCGGCCACUUUCUGUUCCGCUACGUCACCGGGCCGAUUCUGAUCCGCAAGCUGUACUCCUGGUGGACGCUCAUCAUGGUGCUGAUGCAGUUCUUCGCCAUCCUCGGCAACCUGGCGACCACGGCGGACGACGUGAACGAGCUGACGGCCAACACGAUCACGGCCCUGUUUUUCACGCACUCCGUCACGAAGUUCAUCUACUUCGCGGUGAACGCGGAGAAUUUCUACCGGACGCUCGGGAUCUGGAACCAGACCAACACGCAUCCGCUGUUUGCGGAGUCGGACGCCCGUUACCACUCGAUUGCGCUGGCCAAGAUGCGGAAACUGCUGGUGCUGGUCAUGGGUACGACCGUGCUGGCGGUGGUCGCCUGGGUCACGAUAACGUUCUUCGGUGACAGCGUGAGAAAUGUGCUCGAUAAGGAAACCAACGAAACGUACACGAUCGACAUCCCGCGGCUCCCGAUCAAGUCCUGGUACCCCUGGAACGCGAUGAGUGGGCCGGCGUACAUUUUCUCGUUCAUCUACCAGAUUUACUUCCUCCUGUUCUCGAUGGUCCAGAGCAAUCUCGUUGAUGUGAUGUUCUGUUCGUGGCUGCUGUUGGCCUGCGAGCAGCUGCAACAUUUAAAGGGAAUUAUGCGGCCCUUGAUGGAGCUUUCCGCCUCGCUGGAUACCUACCGGCCCAACUCGGCGGCACUGUUCCGAGCAAUUUCAGCUGGCUCCAAAUCGGAGCUGAUCCUCAACGAAGAGAAAGAACCCGAGGUGAAGGACUUUGAUCUGAGCGGAAUCUACAGCUCGAAGGCGGACUGGGGCGCCCAGUUCCGGGCGCCGACUACGCUGCAAACGUUCGACGAGAACGGACGAAACGGAAAUCCGAACGGGCUCAGCCGGAACCAGGAAAUGAUGGUUCGAAGCGCCAUCAAGUACUGGGUGGAACGGCACAAGCACGUCGUACGGCUCGUAACGGCUAUCGGUGAUACGUACGGUCCUGCACUGCUGCUGCACAUGUUAACGUCCACCAUCAAGCUAACGCUGCUCGCCUAUCAGGCCACCAAAAUCGACGGCGUCAACGUGUACGGCCUGACGGUGAUCGGCUAUCUGUGCUACGCUCUGGCCCAAGUUUUCCUGUUCUGCAUCUUCGGCAACCGGCUCAUCGAGGAGAGCUCGUCGGUGAUGGAGGCGGCCUACUCGUGCCACUGGUACGACGGUUCGGAAGAGGCGAAAACCUUCGUCCAGAUCGUUUGUCAGCAGUGCCAGAAGGCGAUGACCAUAUCCGGGGCUAAAUUUUUCACCGUUUCGUUGGAUCUGUUCGCCUCGGUUCUGGGAGCCGUUGUCACCUACUUCAUGGUGUUGGUGCAGCUGAAGUAAUCCACCCAAAUCCUAGUGAAUGCAGCACAGAGCCUACCACACAGUCACAAAACAGGAACCAUCACACAUCAAUCACCGAGGACGCGCUGUGCAAGGCACGAUACGGUUUUUU